AUGACGCGUGCGUACAUCACGGCCAUUCCCGUUGGGGUGGUGAUGCGGAAGGCCGGCUACUCGGGACUCAAGCAAGACUACUUCUUGGGGCGCAGCAGGGUCGAGCCCUCCGACAAACUCCUGGACCUCCUCGCCGAGCACUUCUUCCCCGGCGUGGAUGCUAUGCUGCGCGAUGAAAUCUCUGUCCGCAUGGACACCCAGUAUCACAACAUGUCCCUCAAGGAGGCGCUGAAAAAGGAGGUCGAGCGCUCGGCGCUCGAGAAGCUAGGCCUUCAGGAGAUGUUCGAAAUGCAAAACGACACCAUCGCGUCGCUCACCGCCGAGCUUGCUCGAGUCACCGAGGCACUCCGUGUGUCAGAAGCCCGGAGGAUGCCGGCGGCGCCGCCGUCGGCGACCGAGCAAGCAUCGAGCAAGGGUGGCUCCGCGGAUUUGGCCAACACGGGGACCGGAGCCAAGAGAGAUGAUGGGAAACCCCCGCCACCCCCCCAGACGGCAGAGGAGGCCAGUUACGAGCUCAACGUCGUGCAACCUUGGCGGGAGGCAAAGACCGUGCGGGACGCUUGGCGCUUCUGGAACUCCGCCACCACCAAUGACACCCGUCGUCUUUGCGACAGGGUCGCCGAGCCGGGGUUUAUCGACCGCCACACCCUCCUCAAAGGCGCGACACAGGGUGCACUCAGCGUGAGGGUGCGCCGCAUGCUGAAGGCCAUGGAUGUGGUGCGCCAGCUACGCGCGAGCGACGGCGAUGCCGACACCGAAGCCGUGGUCGAUGCACUGAACACGAUCGCGGCACCGGGCAUUGGGACCUUCUGCGAUGCCCUCACGGUGCUCAACCCGGAGACGGCACCGACGAUGUCCAAGGAGCCUGGCAUGGGCGUCAAGGGGCUUGCCCCCAAGGUGGUCUCGAAGCUACGCCUCGCCUGUGCGCUGGUGGCGCUCGAGCUGAAGCCGAGGACGUGGGUCGACCGCCUGUUUCCAGACACCUGGGAGGUGCAGAUGCCGAAGACCGUGGCCGACUUGGCCAAGCAGACCGCACCUGCGCAGCGUCCUCCAACAAAGCGCAAGAAGUCGGCAUGA